UUUGUUACUGGUCGCAAGACUUGUUACAUGUAAAUAACAGAACUUCAGCAGCAGAUUUCAGGAAGUACUUGUACAAGGUUUCUUACCAAGUUAUAUUCUAGCCAGCAGAAUAAUUGCUGCACACGUUGGAUCCAAGCAAAGACUGAGGUAGCUAUAAUGGCCAAUAGACGGGAGCGAGCAAAUUCAACAAGUGGCGAAACUCUCUACAGGAUUCUACAUUUGCCAAGAAAAUCUACGCCAGAAGAGGUUAAAGCAGCGUACAGAAAGCUGGCGCUGAGAUAUCACCCAGAUAAAAAUCCAGAUGACCCUACAGCUGCUGAGCUGUUCAAAGAAAUAAACAGAGCCAAUGCCAUACUGUCUGAUGAAAAGAAGAAGCGUAUCUAUGACUCAUUUGGCUCGGUCGGGCUGCAAAUGGCCUCCAUGCUUGGGGACGAUGGGGAAAACAUCCUAGCCUCAAAGAAUAACUGCUGCAUAAAGUUUUUGGCCUAUUUCUGUACGAUUAUCACUUGCUGUUGCUGCUGUUUGUGUUGUUGUUUCUGCUGUGGCAAGUGUUUACCAAAGGCUGAUCAAACCAGUGAAAGCUCUGAGGACAUUCCCACAGAUGAUUCAAACCCUAUCUUGGAUCAGCCAUACACCAUAUAUAGUGAAAACAGUCCAUUAAACCAGGAGUAUGAUAGCAGCUACAACACAGUUAAAUAAGGAGAUUUGAGACAUUUGCUUUCAGUGGAUAUUACAGCCCAAUUCAACUUUUUGAAGACUUAGUAGAACUUUCAAAAUAAGUCAUUACUUUCAUACGUUUAUGGCACAGAAGGGAGUUUAAUUGCUGCACACUCUGCUUUGCCUCUCUGUUUGAUACCGAAUUAUAUGUGAAGAGGUAUAAACAUUCUCCCUCUGUCAAGUAAACCUUGUACUUCAACCUUCCUUGAAGAAACAAACCAUGACCCAAAUUCUGGAAAAGUAAAUCUGUGGGAAUUUCCUUCUUAAUUCCCUAGGUUAAUCAAGCAAAUUCCAAGGAAUAUGGCUAAAACAUGAUGCACCACUUAAAAAAAAACCUCCUUAACCCUCCCAAAAUAUUACAAUAAAAUCUACAGCAAGACCUUUUGGCUCAGUUGGUCUACGCCAGCAUUAAUGCUUGACACAAGCCACUACCACUCCAAUAGCCUGUUCCCAACCUGCCCAUAUCAAUAUAUUCCCUCAUCCCUUAUGUGUACAUUAAGCUUCAUGCAUCAAUAUUCUCUGUUUUAUACACUCCAUAUGAUAGGGAUUUGGACAUUCUCACCAUUCUCGCUACAGAAAAGGGUGAAAAUGUAAAGUUGUUAGGUGGUUAUUCACUUAAGCUUCAAUAGAGUUUUAAAAAAAUGGCAUUAGAUGGUGCUAUGUCUCACUUUCCUUAACAGUGGCAGAGCCAGGGUAGGUUCAUGAUCCUCUUCCCUUCACUGCCAGUCAAUCAAUCCCUAAUUCCAUUAUCAUUCUCAUUAGUGAAGAGUCAAAGGAAAAUGAAGGUAUCAGAUUGGAGAAGGCCAUUAGAAUGCACCCAAGUGUCAUCCCUACUUUCUAUCGCACAUUAUCCUUCCUACUCUUCAAUAUCCAUGUGCCAAAAAUGUGCCACUACCCCUUUGAAAUUUGUAACAUUCCCCACUUGCAGUGCUCCCCUGGCACCACCCUCAGCCCAUGCACCUGACCUGAUAUUGCUGUGCUCUGUAACUAGUUAGAAUGUAACACUUGGAGUGAAAUGGUCUUCCUCUGUAUUGUGGAAUUAAGGACAUUCUUAAAAACAGAAAACCAUGUGGAUAUUUAGGAACUAUGGGAAAAUAAAUAAUUAAAUAAUAUGA